CAAAUCGUCGUCGUUAUUAUGCUCGAUUAGAGGAUUAGAUAACUACCAGUUAUUUUUCACUGUCAAUAAAGAAGAAAAGAAAGCAAAAUCAACGACAAUUGUGAACCACAGUCGAAAAUUACAAGCUUGAAGGUUUGCAAAUCUACCAUCUUGAAAAUUGCGGUUUCGCCUUCUUUAAAUAACUUCUUACCUUCGAUUAAAAGGGAAAUUCUAAAGAUUUCCUUUCUAAGCUGAAGUACUUAAUUUUCGUCGUUGAAUAAGGAUUUUUUUGAUCAAAUCCGCAAGUUUGUGGGUUUACCCUUUUCAGCUGUAAACAUUCGGACUACUUCCAAUGCUAUUUCCUAUAGGAAUUUCGAGGUUUUUCGGCUCGUUACCCUCAAAACCACAACUGUUUGCUCAUCCGUUUCGUUCAUCCAUUGUCCGAUUCCAUUCUCGGCUUCUUCCCCCAAGACAACUUGACAAUUCCCUUGCUAACCUUCAAAAGAAAAACGGCAGCCAUCGUGACCUCGCGGAAAGCCGGACAGAAUGGUUUCAUCGAAGUGCCUCAAAAAACCGCUUACUUAUAAAUUGUACUGAAUUCGACUUUCAGGGAAACGUAAGAGUAAUCUGUGGAGAUUUCAAAAAAAUGGAUUUGUGCAAACAAAAUGGAUUGCUACCUCGUGAUUUACGAAAGCUAAACACUAGUAUCAACUCUAUCGUUCCGGUGAUCCUUGUACGUGAAGGGUCAAUUUUGGUUAAUCUCUUGCACCUUCGAGCCUUAAUCAAGGCAGAUUCCGUAUUACUCUUUGAUGUAUAUGGAAGCCAGCACUCCCAUUCGCAAUCUCAAUUUAUAUAUGAACUGCAAGGGAGAUUGAAGCAAUCCUCCAGUGAUUUUGAAUUUCUGCCAUAUGAAAUGAUGGCUUUAGAAACAAUAUUAAUAAGCGUUGUGAAUACUCUGGAUUCUGAAUUGCGUGUUCUGCAGAAUCUUGUCUCUGAUCUUUUAGCCGACUUUGAACUCGAUAUUAAUCAAGAUCGGCUUAGGACCCUUCUGAUCUUUUCAAGACGUCUUUCUGGAUUUCUGAAAAAAGCUACAUUGAUUCGUGAUGUUUUAGACGAACUGCUAGAACAAGAUCAAGAUUUAGCAGGCAUGUACUUGACAGAGCGCCUUCGAACCGGCAAACCUAGAGAUCAUGAUAAACAUGAUGAAAUAGAGUUAUUGCUUGAAACAUAUUACAAGCAAGUAGACGAAAUUGUGCAACAAACAGAUAAUUUAAUGGGCAAUAUCCGAAGUACAGAGGAAAUCUGUAAUAUUAUGUUAGAUGCGAACAGAAAUUCCCUUAUGCUCCUUGGGUUAAAGCUUUCUGCGGUCACGCUGGGAUUGGGGUUUGGUGCCAUAAUUGCUAGCAUUUAUGGUAUGAACUUGCCAAACGGUUUCGAAGAAUCCCCAGCGGCCUUUUAUUCGACUGUGGGAAUGAUUUUUACGAUGGCUACGAUUUUAAGUUCUAUAGGGAUUCUAAAGAUUCGAAGUUUGAAGCGAAUUCAAAUGGCGUUUAAUCAUCGCCCAACUUUGACAAUUGAACCUGAAAAGUUACGACCGCCUUAUCUGUAAUCAUACCAAAUACUCAUGAACAUGCUAAUUGUCUUAUAGCCUUAUUUUCAUUCUCUUACAUCUUCAUUUAUCUUUUUUUUAACUCAAAAAUCGGUCUCUACUGUUAUAUUCUUCAUUUUGAAACCGCCUAUAUACCCCAUUUUAGUGAUUUUUUGGUAUCUCUUGGGCAAAUAUGUUGUCGCAUAGAAAAAGCAUAUUUUUUUGUUUGUUUGUUAAAAGAAACCAAGCGGUAAAUUUGAUUCUUUUCUCUUCUUUCAAACUCAUACUUGAGAGAAAUUGCUCGUCUACAAUUUAACAACGUUCAGUAUUAAUCUUUGGUACAAUUGUACUUUAAUCAAAAUACAAGUUUGCUUAAAAGGAAAAAGAAAAAGCUACCAUACCCUGCUAAACUAUGAUACCAUGCAUCUACAUAACGACAUUUUUUGUUUAAAUAAAUUUUAUUUUCAUGAGCCAGAACGAAACAACCAAGAUAUA